ACCAAGUAAUUGUUGACUCGGAGGGGUCGGAUAAACAUCCCCAUCCUGCUUCGGUAAAGGCGACUAUGCUGUGCAGAUCAUUGUAGAAAAGUCUUUCGUUGUGGUGGAAACCAGCGUGUCGGAGGACGCAGGGAGGCAGCGCAGAGAAGACCGAGGAGCAAGGAGGAAGGGAGCUGGAUGAGCCAUCGGAAACGUGAUCAUGAACGCGGCGAGCCAUCUCAGGAGGUCGCUCCUCCUGUUCCUAAUGAAUGGAGCGGUGAAGAAGGAAGGUACCACAUCAUGGCAAGAGGCAUGAAUAUAAGUUGGGGCGACGAUGAUAGAUUCUGGAAGUGGCAUCGGCUUUCCGAGGAAGAGCUUCGUGAGCUUUCCAUAGAUCCAGAGAACCGGCUCUGUGAAUACGCAGAGCUCAAUCAGGUGAGUUGGCUGGAAGCAACAAAGACGCUGGACCUGGAUGACGAGAAAUACAAGAAAGUGUUCGAUGGUUACCAGGCUUGUGAGAUUUUGUACAACAUCAAGUUUAAGGUCGAUGCUUUCGGGUGGCAUGGCGUCCCCGUCACCUUCCAAGUGAACACCCCAACCCAAGAUGAGGGCUAUACGAAAGAUGAGAAGCUGGAGUCAUACAGAAAACGUACCAGCGGGUGGCAACAGAUCCAUGGUGGCGAGUUCAAAAUACCUAAAACUGAGAAGAAAGGAAAGGUCAAGUUCGGCAUGUAUGAAAUCAAGAGCCAGAGGUGGAAGGGUGGCAUUCUUCUCGCCGGCGUCACUCUUAAGCUUCGCAAGUCUGCCACCACCGAUUAGAUCACCAAAAGCUUCUUCUGGAUCUCAGUAUUUAUUGUAUGUGCCCUUUGUUUGAUGUAAUGUGUUGGGAUCAUAGCUUCUUCCCUUUCGAUGAACCAUGUUAUCGGAGCUAUAAACUUUUGUGUGUUUCAUGGAAUGCAAACUUCAUGUACUUUCACCAUCGUAAAGGGUGAUAAUAAAGAACAUCGUCGCUGUAAAGAAGAAUCGGCUGACAGAUUGAUGAUGCAGUCGAAAACAUGCAGAAUCGUUUGCAUUGCUCA